AUGCUAAUGCUCCAGCUUCGCUUCGACGGCUCCUUCCGAGCCGGUGGCGCCGGAGGCGCGGCAGCUGUGCUUUCCAAGGAUGGAGUCGUUUGGUGGGAGGGAGCCCGUUUCGUGCCCUCGUGCGUCACAUCGUCCCACGCUGAGUUUGAGGGCCUCAUUCUCGGCCUGGAGGCAGCACGCGCGCUGUCGCCAGACGCGCUGCGCGUCGAGGGCGACUGCCGGGUCGUGAUCGACCAGAUGUCGGGCAAGGCACGCGCACGCAAGCUGAGCGAGCCGGCAGGGCGCGCGCGUGAGGCCCUCGCGCGGCUGCCGCUCGGAAGCGCCCCGUCUUUCGGUGCCAUAGUGCGGGAAGAGAAUGCCCGCGCAGACGCGCUGGCGCGGGCAGCGGUCGACGCGCUGCACGUUGCGGCGGCACUCGCGGCUGCCCGCGGAGGCGGACUGCGAGCCAGCACGGCGCGCGGCUGCGCUGCUCCGGCUGCGGAGGGCGGCUGGCGCCUCGAGCUCGCUCUGCGCGAUUGC